GCAUCCCAAGGACAACGAACCAUGGGCAUAAUAGUCAUUUAAUUGAACCAGAUUUCAUUGCCGAUCAAAAUACAGGCUCGCUUUCCACCUCCAUGGCCAUGUACGAACUUUCCACUUUCAGUUUUGAGCUUGGAAUCAAUCACGUAAACCAAAAUCGUGUCCCUAAUUUAAACCAUCUAAUUAGCUUGCUAAAAAAUUACACCCUCCUUCGUCACCUCUUCUCGCGAUUCAUCGAAGAGAUGGGCAAACAGCCUUAGUAGCAACUUUUGUUUUGUUGCAUGAGAGGUGAUUUACAUAAAGGAGUUAUACAGUUUAGAAACUUAUUUAAAUAAAAGAUUAGUAGUCUGUUAAGAGUUUAAAUCGGCCUUUAUGUGCUAUUGUUCUACAAUAUUGUAAUGCACCGCUGUAUUUAUUGGCCUUGUAAAAUUGUGGAUUUGCAAAAUCUGAUGCAAUGGCGAUGUCCAGCAAGUUUGAUCUGUCUUCUGGUAGCCCAGACAGGCCACUGUAUACCAGUGGGCAGCGUGGAGCCCUCUUAGCUGCUCAAUUAGACAGAUCAGGUAGCUUUCGUGAGACCAUGGAGAAUCAGAUUCUAUCUUCUCUUCCAAGCAUGUCAAGAAGCAGUUCAGUAGCAGCCCAAGGAGAUGUAUCCAGCUUCUUCCAGUGCUUGCGUUUUGAUCCCAAGGUGGUUGCUGCUGAUCAUAAGUCUAAUCGUCAAGGAGACUUUAAACGGCACAUUAAUGUUGCUCUUGGAAUUUCUGCUGAUGAAUCUACUACCAUGUUGUCAAAAGGCAAGCUGCUGCCUUCUCCUAUUCCAGAAGAAAUCAAACGAGUUAAGACUGGUCUACGUGAUUGUUCAGUCAAAGCAAGGGAGCGCGUGAAAACUUUCAAUGAAGCCUUAUCAGUAUUCAACAAGUUUUUCCCUAGCAUACCAUCUAAGAAGCGAUCUCGAUCAGAAAGCUUUUCUAAUGACCGGCCUAAUGCCUUGUUAUCUGGUGAUCGGUCAGUCUUGGGCCCUACCAUUGGUAAGAUGGGAAUGCAUAAUAACUCUGUUGCUGGAGGUUUUGAAUUUGAACAGCAGAAGUCUGAGGAAAGGCCUAAAAGUACUAUUCCAAAUAAACGUACUCGGACUUCGUUGGUGGAUGUGAGGAUGGAUAUGCGGAAUAAUGCUCUAGUCAGGCAGCCUGGUAAUGCUGAUAGAGAUAAGGAAAUGCUCAGGGUUUCAAAUAGUGGCUCAGUUCAGGGUGAAGAUCGAACUUUAUCAGGCAGUGUUGAUGGAUGGGAAAAGACAAAGAUGAAGAAAAAACGUUCUGGGAUAAAACCUGAUGUAUGUCCAAGUAUGGUAUCAACUAAACUUGAAGGGUAUCGAGAAUCUAAACAGGGAAUACAGCAAAGGGCUGUUUCUGAUGCUCGAUCAAGGUUAAGUAAUGACUCCCAUGGGUUCAGGUCAGGAAUUGCUAAUGGAUCUGUUGGGGUUGGAAAACCUGAAGGCAUCUCACAGCAGUCAGGCUUGGGUCCAAGGUCAUCUGUUCCUAGGACUGACCCGGACACUAUUUCCCUUCUCAAUGAUAGGAGGGACCGUACUGUUGCUUCUGAUAAAGAGAGAGUGAAUCUCAGAGCCUCUAACAAGAUGAGUGUUCGUGAUGAAUUUAAUUCAGCCAGUCCUACUUCAAGCACAAAAAUGAAUGCAUCUAUUCGUGGUCCACGUUCAGGCACUGGAGUUGCACCAAAGUUGUCACCAGUCGUUCAUAGAGCAACAGCAUCAAAUGACUGGGAGCUUUCUCACUGUACAAAUAAACCACCUACUGCUGGUGGAGCUAAUAAUCGCAAGCGCACAGCAUCAGCUCGGUCUUCAUCACCACCUGUUGCCCAUUGGGCCAGCCAGAGACCACAGAAGAGCUCCCGUACUGCAAGACGAACAAAUAUUGUUCCUUUUGUUUCAAAUAAUGAUGAAACUCCAUCAUUGGAUACUGUGUCUGAUAUGGCCGGUAAUGAGAUUGGAUCAGGAUUUGCUAGACGCUUCUCAAGCAGUUCUCCACAACAAAUUAAACUAAAAGGUGAUGCCUUAUCUUCGGCUACUCUUUCUGAGAGUGAGGAGUCUGGGGCUGCUGAAAUUAAAUCUAAAGAAAAGGUGAAAAAGUCUGAUGAAAUAGAUGAGAAAUCUGGACAGAAUGUUCAGAAAGUAUCCACAUUGGUCUUGUCAUCAAGAAAGAAUAAGCUGAUGACUGGAGAAGAUAUUGGAGAUGGUGUGCGUCGACAAGGGAGGACUGGACGGGGUAUUACUUCUACAAGGUCUCUUAUGCCAAUGACAGUUGAGAAGUUUGGCAAUGUGAGAACAGCAAAGCAGCUUAGAAGUGCCAGGCUCGGCUUGGAUAAGACCGAAAGCAAGGCUGGUCGUCCUCCAACUAGGAAGCUCACUGAUCGCAAGGCCUAUUCACGCCAGAAGCAUGCGGCAAUGAAUGCAGCUGCAGAUGUUCUUGUUGGUUCGGAGGACGUGCAUGAAGAGAUAGUAGCUGCUGUAAAUGCUCUUGUUGGUUCUGCCCAUGCAUUUCCCAACUCCUUUUGGAGGCAGAUGGAGCCUUUUCUUGGUUUCAUAUCUGAUGCAGAUAUUGCCUAUUUGAAGCAGCAGGGAAAUCAUGAAACAAGACCGGGAUCAACACCCCUUCCUUCUAUUGCAGAUGGUUGUAGUACCAUCUCCAAUGGAUGUGGAUUGCUUGAAAAGGAAAGAGCUGGCAGAAUUGCUGCUGUAACAUCAAAUGAUGAACUCCUUUCACAGCAGUUGCUUUUGGAUAAAAGGGACAAUAAUCUGAUACCCCUCUGUCAGAGAUUUUUAGCAGCUCUAAUUCCAGAAGAAGAUAGUGACAGUGGAAAUGAAGACCUCCAAUUUGACAUCUAUGGAGCUGGAUUUCAGAUGGAUGGAGAAUUGGGAUCUAAUGGUUUGAGACAUAUCGUUAAUUUCCAAUCUACUGAGCAUGCUUCUUUUAAUGGUUAUAGGACAUCUGGGAAGCCAGAAUGCGAUGAUCCUGAAAUUGAUAUGGUGGGAAAGACAGGAAUUAGCUCAACUUUUAGUCAUUCCCUGAAUGGCACAUUUCUAGACAAACCAAUGCCUGAUAUGGUUUGUUCAGAAUUUGAGUACGAGGGUAUGAAGAUAAAUGAGAAAAUCCUUUUGGAGGCUCAAAGUAUCGGAAUCUUCUUAGAACCAAUGCCUGACAUAACACAGAUGGAUGAUGAUGAAAUCUGUGAGGACGUUAGUAAGCUAGAGGGGAAGCUUGAUGAACAGGUUUCAAGGAAGAAAGGCUUGCUUGAUAAACUGUUGAAAGCUGCCUCAGAAACAAGAGCACUUCAGGAGAAGGAAUUUGAACAAAAUGCUCUUGACAAGCUUGUUGCGAUGGCUUAUGAAAAGUACAUGAGUUGUUGGGGUCCUAAUGCUACUGGUGGGAAGAGUUCCAGUAACAAAAUGAUCAAGCAAGCUGCCUUAGCAUUUGUUAAACGAACAUUAGAUCAAUAUCAUAAAUUUGAAGAUACAGGCAAGAGCUGUUUUGAUGAGCCCUUGCUUAGGGACAUUUUUGUUUCUGGAUCUUCCCGGCUAAAUGGUGCACGACCAGUAGAUACUCCUACAGAUGGCGGCGAAUCUGGGAAGCCAUGUGCUUACAGCUCCACCCAUUCCCUGGAAGGUAGAACUUCAGGUCAAAGUGGGGAUAGCUAUGCUGUUGAUCUGCUUCCACCCACAAACCGAUUAUCCGACCAGACCACUAUUAAAGAUGACUCAUGGUCUAACAAGGUGAAAAAGAGAGAGUUAUCGCUGGAGGAUGUAGUUGCUGGUACUAUUGGUGCUUCUAGUGUUCAACCAGGCAUUGGGAGUUCUUUGUCAAGCAGUACAAAAGGAAAGAGGAGUGAGAGAGACAGAGAUGGAAAGGGACUUGGUAGAGAGGUUUUAUCUAGAAAUGGAACUAAUAAGAUUGGUCGACCAGCAUCCAAUGUUAAGGGGGAAAGGAAACUAAAAAUAAAGCCUAAGCAGAAAAUGACUCAACUAUCUGCUUCUGUGAACGGCAUUCUUGGUGAGAUGUCAAAGCACCCCAAACCAUCAACCUCCAUAUCAAAGUCAAAUGAGAUAACUAUCAAUAAUAAUGCCAAAGAAAAAGAUGAUUUUGGCCUGGAUGUACUGGAUGACCUGCAGCUACCAGGACAAGAUUUGGGUUCAUGGUUAAACAUUGAUGAUGAUGGAUUACAAGAUCAUGAUUUCAUGGGCCUUGAAAUUCCCAUGGAUGAUCUUUCUGACUUGAAUAUGAUGGUUUGAGUUUGCUUUCUUUGUAUAGUCUUGUUCAUUAUACCGUUGACAAACAAAAACAUAAUCACUGUCAUCAAGAGAUUACUGUUACAUGGAUAGUUGCUUGGCUGUCCGGUCCACAAUUAGGUUACACAGAUUCUUUAUAGACUCCCCCAGAAGUUGAUUUUCAAGUGAACCCAUUUGGAUAUCUUGAAUUUUUCUCUUAAGUUGAUGACUUCGACUGUAAAGAUCUUUUGUUCCUACUAGUAUGUCUUAGCAAAAAUGUAUCCUGGCUGUAGCCUUUACAAAUCAGAAGUAAUGCUCAGAUUGUACAUAAAAUUUAUAUUCUCAAUAAAAUUAGUUAUUUUUGUUCAAUAUAA